GUCAGGUUUCAGUGUCGGCUGGUGGCUUUAGAGCGUCGAUCCGGAAAAAUACAAAACGUACGAUUUCCAUUGUAAUCACCGUUGAAUUUUAUUUAUUACCAAACUGGUAACGCACCGUGCAGCCAUGGCGCCCAAAUAUGACGGCUUGUCCCACUGUAAGCUGGCUCUGGUGUUUGCAGUGCUCAUGGACCUGUUGGGUGUGAUAUCCCUGCUACUGGGAGUCUUCGCUCCACUGGAGAUCCAAGGCAGAGACUUUGGGGAUCUGCUGGUGUACUCAGGAGCUCUGCUGGUAGUAAUGUCCCUGGCAGGCUGGGUCAUGUGGUACAGUGGCAAUAUUGAGGGUCUGAUCUCCAAAAAGGAUUAUGGGAGAACUGAUGGAGUUAUGGACCGCCUUGCCCGCUCCGUGAGCCGCAGGAUACGGAUUCCCAGGACUCACAGCAACCCGACAUAGGAAGUUGGGCCCAAGGAUGCCAACUGACUGACCUGUUUUAACCAGUUGUUUUAUGUGUACUACACUCGGGGUUGUACUGUAAUAGGCUAUACUGUAAAUUCCAAUAUAUGAAGAUUAAAAAGAUGAA